CCCCGCGCCGCCGCUCUACCCCCCCGCCUCGGUGGGCGGAAAGGGGAGCGGGGCCGGGAGCGAGUCCGCGGUGAGGGGGAAGGUUUUGUUUGCUUUGUGCCAGUAAAAUAGCUGACAUGAUGUCACUGAUUCUGCAUCCCCCAGGGUUUGAUAUCUGCCUGCUUUGAUAUCAAAAUAACAGUGGCAAAGUUCAGAACCUGAGUUCAAAGGCCUGCCACGUAUCAGCAGCUCCAGAUACUUUGGGCUACAAAUCAUUUCCAAACAGGAGGAAGCUGGAGGAGGAGCAGAGAUUAUGUGAGCUGCUGCAUUAGUCUGCUGACAUCUUGCACUGAGUAUUCCUGGUAUGUCUGAAGGACAGAUCUCCUGUGUGUUCUGAAUGUACCAGCUUGUCCUCAUGAAUACUCCUGAGGAGAAUGUCCAUGAUCUUCUUUGCUUGUGUGGUGCGGGUGAGGGAUGGACUUCCCCUCUCAGCUUCCACAGAUUUUCAUUUCAACCAGGACUUUCUGGAAUGCAGGAAGAGAUUAAAAGCAUUAUCCUCAAUUCUGGCUCAGUAUCCAAGUCGAGGCACAGCAAAAGGACGUGACCUCAGCAUACAUUUCCUAUCUUCUGGGGAUAUUGCCUGCAUGGCAAUCUGUUCCAGCAAUUACCCAACCAUCAUGGCAUUUUGCUUCCUAGAAGAGCUUCAGUGGGAAUUUGCUGCUUCCUAUGAUACAACAAGCAUCAGUUUAGCUUCCAGACCAUAUGCUUUUCUUGACUUUGACAAUGUUAUCCAGAAAGUCAAACGUCAUUUUAACUUCUCAAGAGGGGCUCAGAUGAAGGCAAACAGGGAACAGAUUGAGGAGGAGCUGAAGUUCCAGCCCCCAGUUCAGCUGAAAUUGGAGGAUACAGAGCUGAUGAAUGGGAUGAGCAAUGGUGGGCAUGCAGGUGUUCAUGUGGAGGUUGUCCCUACUUACAGAAUGGAGCCUGUGACUCCCCUGGGGAUUCUCUCCCUUGUUCUGAACAUCAUGUGUGGAGCUUUGAAUCUCAUUCGUGGGGUUCACCUAGCAGAGUAUUCAUUCCAGGAGGACCAUGAAGGCAUUGGAAAUGUGAUAGCCUUUUUUCUACCUUUUCUAGCCUGUGUUUUUCAGUGUUACUUGUACCUCUUCUACAGCUCAGCAAGGAAGGUGAAGACAUUUGUACUCUUUUUCUCUGUUUGUUUUUGCAACCUUUACUUGUACGGCUUAAGGAACCUCUGGCAAAUUGCCUUUCACAUAGGAGUGGCAUCUCUUUCUUCUUAUCAGAUACUGACAAGGCAACUUGUGGAGAAACAGCCUGACUGGGGAGUAUGAAAAAUAAUAAUAAUAAUAAAAAAAAGCAGCUUUGGGGGAUACUCUAUUUUUACAACUUUUUUUUUUUUGUAUUAAACCAGACAAAAAAUAGCUUGGAGUAUUUUUAAAGGUUUGUGACAAUGGUUAUUGCAAGGAAGAGAUUUCAAAAGCAACUUGGAAUAAAGUAGGGUGCUGUAAUCAUGUCAAACAUGCAGUGAGGAAUGUGGCUGGGUUCAACGUGGUAAUUGUACAUGGUAAAUCUUGUCAGGUAUCAUCAACAAAUGGAGGUUGUCCUUACCAUAAACAGAUUUUUACUCCUUGACUAAUACCAUCCAAGCAGCAUUUUGCUAUUUGUCUUACUGGCUUUGCAACAGUUUGGCAGCUCAAUUUCUUACCCUGCCAGUGCUUCUGAAAAUGCUAAAAUUGUUUAGCAAAAUGAAGACAAAGUGGUGGGUAAGAUUUCUGUCUGUGAAGUUUCUUAAAGCAUCAAUAUUCUUGGUAAAUGUAAGUAGAGGAGCUGUUUGCCAUUGUGAGAUGAGAUCAGUAUCAGUGGGAAAAAUGGUAAGGAUGAGCUUCAGGGUCAUUUUUCUUAAGUUUUGAAGGAAAGGAAAAGGAUUUGGUGCUUUUAAACAUAAAGGCUAUAAAAAUCUCCUGGCUAAACAGUGCAUGGUAGUUAAGUCUGUGCUCAUUUGUAAUUGCAAAUAGGCUUGGGGCAGCAUAAAAUAAACCAAGUGGAGAUAAGUGAUCUUUCAGAUCAAAUGGCCUUUAUUUCCUUGGUUAAGGUCACUCUUAGUAUAAAGGCAAUUCCAUGUUUGCUUGGUCUGUACAGCUAAUAAAUCUUCCAAGCCUAUUUAUGACAGACCACUGACUCUUUCACCUUUUUUUAAAAAAAUUGAGUAAUUGGUGAGUAGAAAGCUGUUUCCAGUAAUGGAAAGCAAGAGCAGGUUCUCUUUACUGUAUAAAACACCUUUAGUUAAUGGUGUUGAGUUCUUAGACCAAGCUGAAUUUAUUGUUGUGCAAUUUGGAAUAUAGUACUUAAAAGCUGAAGUUCUUAACCUCUGCUGCACUGGGCAUUCUGGUGUGUAAUGGGCUGAGCUGCAUAAGAGCAUAUUAGAACACAGAUGAAUAGUUUAGGGUGUCUGGUUUUUAAAAAGUGCACAGCAUUUUGGUGCAGCUGUCCUUGAAAGGUUGUAGAGAUUUAAACUGAGAAGAUGUAGAGAACUGUAGGUGUGUUACUGUGGAAGUAUGGUCCUAGAUUUUCUGUUUCUUUUCUUAGGAAACUCUUUUCUGGUCACCUCAUUUCUUACACCAGGCAUCUUGCACCAAAGAUUUCUUUUCCUCUGACACAGUCUCUACCUCUGGUGGUUGCAAAGAGAUUAACAUGAUGCAGAGUUGUCUUCCUGAGAUUGCAGAAACCAUUAACACUUAUUACUUUCUUGCAUCUCAGUGAAUUUCCCCAAAACCUCAUGAUGCAAAACAUCAGAAUCAGUGGACUUACAGACCAGGAGCCUGUGCUGAUGUAACUUGGAAGCACUUCUGUGAUGCAGCUGACUGCACAAAGGGCAUCAUUAGGCAGCCCAACAACCUGAACAGUUUCUAGGAUGUCAGGAGACUUGGUGCCAAGCUUUUUCUGGUAGUAAAAUGUAGGUAUUUCUCCUCCAUCCCAUUUUAGCCCAUUUACUGUAAGUAACACAAUUAAAUCCUUUCAGCUGUGAGACAUGGGCAAGUAGCACUGAUGGAGCAAUAUUUUAGCCAGCCUGUUAAGAAAACAGCUUGAGCAGUGAGUGUGCCAUAAGGGAACAGGGUUAUAAGAGAGUGGAUUAAAGCUGUUUGUCAUUACCCUGGUUUUCUGCCAGAGUGUAAGUGGAGAAAUGAAGCCAGAAUUCAGCUGUUGGCCUUAAAACACCCAGAUGACCCCACAGAUGUGGGGGGUUUCAUACUGAAAUUUUGAUGGAAAAUUUUCAUGCUGUUCAGCCCCACUUGUACUUGGUUAGGUGCUCUUAGAGACUGCAGGCAACUCAGUUUCUCUUAUCAGUUUUAAAACCCACUAAAAAAAAUCUGAAAAAAAAAAAAAAAAAAGACAUUCCCCAAAAUCUUAUGACAAAAACAUAACACUUUGUGAAAGAUGCUGGUAUCUGGUGACUGUGUUUUCCAGGAGCAUAAGAUGGAUAUCAGCCCAGGAGGUGACCAUGAGGAGUUCAUCUUUGGGGAAAAGAUGAAGUAUUUUACACAACAGAUUGAGAAAAGGACCUUAGUGAUAGAAGCUCCCUGCUCUUAUCCUUGUAGCCUCAGUCUGACUGGAGAGUCCAAAAGAGAUUUAUUCUUUCUCCAUAGCCUAUAGCAGAGCAUUUACAAGAGGGGCAUGGAGCCAGUGGACAUUAUCUGACUUCUGUCAUUUUUGUCUUUUGAUAUUAUCUCACCUUAUAUUGAGCUGUCUGGAAGAAACUGUGAUGUUUCUGUUUUUUCCUGAGCAUCUGACUGUUUGCUUUCUCCCAAAACAAACAAAUCCCCAUGGCAGGUGAUGCUAACAACAGCUCUGCAAUCAAGUGGUAGAACAAAGUGUUCAGAAAUCUCAUGUAAGUCACAUAAUUAAAGUGGGUAAAGGUUACAUUCAGCUUUUCUUGGAUACAUCCUUUUUUUUCCCUGAAAAUAUUUCAGUAAAAUCAAACAAAACCAGUUGGUUCAUUUCUGCCUUCAUGCAGGUUUUAGAUGGAGGAUGCUCUGUUCAGCUAUUGGUUUUAAUCCCUUUGCAACCUUUUUUUCCCCCUCAAAUGGUGUGUAAAGCAUAUUAAGGAAUCUGUGUGGAUUAUAACAUGUGUGUCAGUGUCUGCACAUUUGUAGGGGAUUGUGAUUUAGGGGUGAGGCAGAGUUUGACCUAUUUUUUCCUCUUUUUAAUAUGAGGAUUUUGGAUGGCUUCCAGAUCUGUGGGGUAUUUAUAUGGUUACACUUUUCUGGUGAAAUAACAAGGGGAAUAGGAUAAUUCCCAUUGAUCUCAGUGCUUUAAGAUUUAAUAAAAAAGGAUGACUUGCAGUUUGAGUACAUGAAAUCUGAUGCAUAAGUGGGAUUAUGCCUGGGUUGAAUCAAAUCCCCCAACAGGAAUCCAUCCCUUUUUGUUUGCCUUUAAACUGUUUAAUGACAUUUGGAUUGCAUCUCCUUAAUUCUGGCAGUUUUCAAGAUAACUCUUUUGGAAACUCUUUUUUUUUUUUUUUCUUCACCCAGCAGCUCAGUGCAAGAAAACUGGCAAAGAAUAAACUUCAUUAAUUUAAGGAUUUGCAGUGCUAAGUCACUUUAUAAAGAUGAUAAUUUCCUUUGGGGUUUUGUGGGUGUUUUUUCCUUCCUCCCAAGGAUCUGUUAAGUUUAUAGAAGGUGGGCUGGUACCUUUUUAGACAUUUUGCACUGUAUUAAUAAUUGAACCUGUGUAAAUGUGUAUAAAAUGAAUUUGCAUGUAUAUGUAUAUAUGUACAUAUAGCUAAUAAAUGGCUUCUUUUGUAA